AUGGAAGGACAGAACAAAACCUUAGGAUUUGUCAUUUUAGGAUUUUCUGGCAAUGUAGAGAUGCAAGGUUUGCUUUUCAUUUUGUUUUUCAUCAUGUAUACUACAUCUCUGCUGGGGAAUGCCCUAAUAAGUAUCACUAUCAGACUUGAUUCUUCUCUUCACACACCAAUGUGCUAUUUCAUUGCCAGUCUUUCUUUAGUGGAUAUCUGCUACACAUCUGUCACGGCCCCGAAAAUGUUGGCAAAUUUUCUUUCACAAGACAAGACCAUUUCUUUCUUUGGUUGUGCUGCCCAACUGUAUUUCCUUCUCUUCCUGGGAACCACAGAAUGCUUUCUUCUAGCUGCCAUGGCAUAUGAUCGCUUCUUGGCCAUCUGCAACCCUCUGCGCUAUUCAUCUAUCAUGAGUAAGCAACUAUGCACCUGGCUAGUAGCUGGAUCAUGGGCCAGUGGGAUGACACUUUCAUUGGGACAGACAAGUUUAAUAUUUACUCUGCCUUUCUGUGAGGACAACCACAUUAACUAUUUUUUCUGUGAUAUUCCUCCACUAUUGAGGCUUGCUUGUGGAGAUACAACUAUCAAUGAAAUCACUGUUUUCAUGGCAGGACUAUUAAUUACUCUGUUUCCAUUUUUGCUGAUUCUAGGUUCCUAUGCACACAUAAUCACCACGAUCCUGAAAAUCACAACUUCAAAGGGUAGGCAGAAGGCUUUCUCCACCUGUUCCUCACACCUCAUUGUCAUCAUUUUGUUCUAUGGGUCUGCAAGUACGAUGUACCUGAGACCCCCAUCUAGCUACAGUCUUGAAACUGAUAAAUUUCUAGCUCUGCUUUACUCUACCAUCACCCCAACACUCAAUCCCAUUAUUUACAGUUUGAGAAGUAAGGAGAUAAAUGAUGCUCUGAGAAAAUUACAUUCUUCUUAA